AUGCCGGACCUAAAAGGAAAAGUGGCCAUCAUAACUGGUGCCUCUUCGGGCAUCGGCGAAGCCACGGCCAAGCAUUUCGCCUCUCUCGGCUGCUGGCUCUCCCUGACUGCGCGAAGUACGACGAAUCUGGAGAGAGUAGCUGCGGCUUGCUGCGCACGGGGGAUUCCCAGGGACAAGGUGCUUGUCGUACCCGGUGACGUAGCGGUGGAAGAAGAUGUCGCAGAUGUGGUGCAGAAGACAGCGAAACACUUCGGCAAAAUUGACAUUCUCGUGAACAAUGCUGGAAUUACCGUGACAGGAUCCAUCGCAAGUGCCUCGAGAGAAGAUUUUAACAGAGCCUGGAAGACCAAUUUAUGCGGUCCGCUCUGCAUGAUCAAAAAUGCUGUGCCGUACUUGCGUCAGACUAAAGGUACCGUCGUGAACAUUUCUACCGUGGGAGCGUUCACUGCAGUUCAAGUCGGCCUGCCUUACGCUGUCUCCAAAGCAGCCCUGGACCACCUGACACGAUGCGCCGCACUUGAGAAUGCACCCUAUGGCGUACGUGUGAACUCCAUCAGCCCGGGUGGUGUCAAGACGACUAUUGGAAAAAGACCUGAGGUCAGCGUAGAGGAACACAUGGAGAUGCUCGUGAAAAAGAAAAGUGCUAUACACGCGCUGGGACGACUGGCUACACCGGAAGAAAUGGCCCACUGCAUCGCCUUCCUGGCAUCCGAUGACUCGGCGUUCAUCACGGGAAUCACGAUGCCCGUCGACGGGGGCUUCCACCUUCUGUCCAGCGUGUCGGAUCCCGCCCCAUCUUUGGACACCGAGAAGACUGCGUGA